AUGACGGAGUUUGAUGUUUUAUGGUGUGACUCAGACGACGGCGAUCUCAGCGAAGAAGAGGAAGAAACAUUUUCACAUAAUAAUGUUGAGCAGGAUAUGCAGGGGGACUUCGAUAAAUCCAAUGAGGUUAUCCUAAUGGCCAUGUUUGAUGAACAUGGACAGCAGUUUGAGUGUCCAAGUCUCCCUUUAGGACCCGCACCUUUCACUGAGCCAGCACAAGUAAAUCCGCCGUUACCAGUGUCACCAUCUUCUUCGUAA